UGACGGCACACGUUGCCAUAACUGCUCGACUUGCCUUCUCUGCUUGAAACUGAACCAAGGCUGUCACCUGAAAAUGGAAACGCAUUGAGGCAACUCGUAGACUGGCUGACUCAGAAAGUGACGAGCCCAACAAAUUGAACAAUCGAUUGUCAAGGACUUGUCAAGUCUAGGCAAGUUGGGUACAUCGUUUAUAUCUGUGCCAAGUUCAAUGCUACAGGCCACAGUAUCCAUUUCUAGGAUAUAAUGCCAACGCGAGGCUCAAAUAAAUCUGAAAUUGUGCAGUUCCGAAACUGCAGGAUACUACGGCACCACCAGUUACUCUGGGAAGACCUGUGGAUACGAGAUGGUCGUAUACUGAAUCCGGAACAUUUGUUUUACAUUGAGAAGGGGUAUGCAGACGUUCAGGUGGACUGUGGUGGUCAAAUUCUAGCAUCAGGUUUUAUAGACGUCCAGAUAAAUGGUGCAUUUGGGAUCGAUUUCUCAACAAACGGGGAUGUUGGGAGUGGUGUUGAUUUGGUUGCCAAGCGAUUGCUGGAGCAUGGGGUUACGUCAUUCUGUCCAACCAUCAUCACCUCGCCAUCGGAGCUCUAUAAACAGAUUCUUCCAAAAAUACCGCAAAGAGAUGGUAGUGAGAAAGGUGCUGGCAUAUUAGGUGUCCACAUUGAGGGACCGUUCAUAUGCCCAUCCAAGAAAGGUGCUCACCCAGAAAGUCUCAUCAGACGAUUCGACAAGGGUUUCUGUGAUGUAGAGGCUAUGUAUGGAACACUGGACAAUGUUGUGUUGUGUACAAUAGCACCAGACCUCCCGAAUGCUCCAACGGUUGCUGCAGAAUUAGCACAGCGAGGUGUUAAAGUAUCUUUAGGUCAUUCUGGAGCUAACCUGCCAACUGGAGAAGCAUCAGUAAGAAGUGGUGCAUCUUUCAUUACACAUCUCUUCAAUGCUAUGGCACCUUUUCAUCAUCGCGACCCUGGCCUCAUUGGCCUACUCGCCAGUGAUGUCAUCACGGAAGGUCACGACCUCUUCUAUGGAAUCAUUGCCGAUGGAGUGCACACUCAUCCUGCAGCGUUGAGAAUGGCGCACAGACUACAUCCGAAGGGGGUCGUGUUGGUGACAGACGCCAUGGCAGCGAUGGGUCUUCCGCCCGGCCGCCAUCACCUCGGUCAGCAGCUGGUGGACGUGUCAGCGACCGAGGCCGUCCUGGUCGGCACGGACACGCUAGCCGGCAGCAUCGCGACCAUGCAGACGUGCGUGCAGUUCUUCUACCAUAACACAGAGUGCAGUCCCGUCCAGGCGCUGGAGGCGGCGACGUUGCAUCCAGCUCGUCUGCUCGGCGUGACACGUGACAAGGGAACGCUGGACUACGGCACGCACGCUGACUUCCUGUGGCUCGACAACGAUCUGACCGUCAAGGCGACAUACAUUGCCGGCAAGCAAGUGUGGGGAGCCGACCACACAUAGUCAGCACAAAACAAUGCAACGUCUUCAAAGCAUUUGCUGCUGUCCUGCACAUAUAAUGAGGAGUUAAUGAUAAUAGAUUAUUAUAUGUAUAUAUAUAUAUAAAUAUAGAUAGAUCUGUCAUUAUUCACUCCCGAGAUAAUAUAUGCUCACUGCGUGAACUCAUCGUUGAAAGCUUUGGUUAAUGGCACCUCGCGGUGUGGCUUAUCAAAUUAUCGAUCAGGGCUGGAGGAAAAAGGAGUUGAUUCUGGUAUCAGGUAUGUGGAUCAUGAACCGAUUUAGAACGGGAGUAGUAGCAUCAGGAGCGGAAUUGUAUACAUUAGUUUGUGGUGUAACAAUUAGUAACCAUAAGUUACUGAUUUAUAUAUUGUGUCACGAGUAAAUAAAACACUAGUUAUUUGUUUUUAUGCUC